AAAGGGAUUCUACCUCGUGCGUCGUGGUCUCGGCUAGAUAGAGUGCUACGUACUACGUGCUGCGUGCGUGUGCUAGUCAAGUCAACCACCAUGUUUGAGUAGGAAACGUGCGAUAUAUUUGUUUGUGCAACUUUAUAUAUUGUGAAUAAUUGAAGGCAUUCGGUGUGUAUUUACUCGGCAGACCGUGUGGAUUACAGUACGAGCGAGUGCCUAACACGCAUACGACUGACUACUUACACACCGAUGUGACGGCUCUGAUCAUGAAGACUGCGAUCGAGAUAUUAUACGUAUCGGCGUUUGUCGUCAUCCUACUUGUCUGCGGAGGGAGAGGUGAAGACAGGAGCGUUAGGUUUGAUGAAGAACUGGAAAAGAUGAGGAGGGAAAAACCUGAUCCGAUCACAAAUCUUGGACUUUAUGAUGCAUCGGGCCGCUUGAAGCCAGGCGUGAAAACGCCUAAUGCCGACAACUGGGAUGGACUGAUCGGCGACAUUGCUGCCACGGAAGAGCUGAUGGAUGAAAUAACGUCAGGAUAUCGAGCACAGAAGCGAAAUGGCAAUGGCGGACGGCCAGACAGCGUAGCUACGUCAUCAAGGCGUCGCACAUCCGGUAGAGCGUCAUCGCACCGCCGCACAUCCGAGAGUACGUCAUCGAGACGCCCUGCAUCCGAGAGUACGUCAUCGACACGCCGUGGUUCGAGUUCGACAAGGGAGAGUCGCAGGCGGAGAACAAAGCGAACAACGAUAACAUCAGAUAGCAACAAAUAUUGGCCAUUCAACACUCCGAUACAGUACAUCAUAAACGGCGCGAUGCCAAGUGGCAGUUCGGGCGGUGAGAUACAGGGCAGCUGGGAGGAUAAUAGCUUGAGUGAGGUACAGGAGAGGGCAGUAAGAGUAAGAGUAGAGGCAACAGCGAAAGGCAAGAAGCUAAACAGAACUAGCAACGAACAGUACCACAAAGAGUCUCUCAAAAUUCGACAAUAA